AUGGCGGCGACAGACACCUCGAUUCGCUCCAGCUGCCACUGCGGCGCCAUCACAGUCACAGUUCCCCGACUUCCCGAGUUCGUCAACGUAUGCCAAUGCACGAUUUGUAGACGCUACGGCGCCGCUUGGGGCUACUACCAUCCCGACGAAGUAAAGAUCGAGACGAAGCCGAAUGCAGUGACCAAGCAGUAUGUCUGGGGCGAUCGAGGCCUGUCUUUUAACUUCUGCGAUAACUGCGGCUGCGUGUAA